AUGGCGAACCCCUGGUUCCCUUCUGGUAGUGCUUCUGCCUUCAGUCCGCCGCUUGACACCGCUGGUGACAGUCGCUCCUCCACCCCUCCACUCCCCCCUGACCCUCCUGACCCAUCUUGUCCUUUCCAAGAUCCCAUAUCUGGAAAUACUGUAGCUCACCUUCCAGUUUCUAAAAACCUUAUCCAAAACCCUCCUACUCCUCCAUCACCCACCCUUACUGCUGCAACUACUAGUUCUUCCCCUCCUCUUAUCCUUGACACUCCACUAAACCCUAAUGCUUUUACUCCUCCUACUCUAAACUCUGCCCCUCCUUUUAAAGCCGCUUCAAAUACAAACAAUACCCAAACUAAUAAACCAGCUCGCCCUCAACCUCCCCUAGUUGAACGCCUCAGACUUUCAAAUGAUAAAUCCCUCUCGAGACUCGCUCCGGUCUCGAUCUCUGAUACUGGAAGGCCUUGUGUCUUAAUUCCUGACAGUGUCUUUUUAAAAGGGGCAGAAAUGCACAAAUAUUUCAUUGUCCGCCACUUCAACGGCAGGCUUCCACCAUUCAGUCAGAUCCAGAGUGUUCUGAAUCAUAUGUGGGGGUAA